GAUGAGAACGAGAACUAAUUGUCAUUCUAUGUUCUAUGUUUCGUUUCUUCCUUUUUCUUUCUAUUUUUCGAGAAAAGGUCCCAUCCUUCAAUAUCAUGAUUGGGUCGACCAGGCCAGAUCAUGAGUGAAUAGAAAAUCGAAAACGUACAUAGCUGUUCAAGCGGAAAUACUUGGAAUAAUUCUACCACUUCUACUAGGAGUAGCCUUUUUAGUGCUAGCUGAACGUAAAGUAAUGGCUUUUGUGCAACGUCGAAAGGGUCCUGAUGUAGUGGGAUCGUUCGGAUUGUUACAACCUCUAGCAGAUGGUUCGAAAUUGAUUCUAAAAGAACCUAUUUCACCAAGUAGUGCUAAUUUCUCCCUUUUUCGAAUGGCUCCAGUGGCUACAUUUAUGUUAAGUCUGGUCGCUUGGGCCGUUGUACCUUUUGAUUAUGGUAUGGUAUUGUCAGAUCUGAACAUAGGGCUACUUUAUUUGUUUGCCAUAUCUUCGCUAGGUGUUUAUGGAAUUAUUACAGCAGGUCGGUCUAGUAAUUAGGGGGCGGCCGUUCGGUCGCCUAUGAUACUAGGACCAAUAGGUCCAAAAUGGGUUUGUGCCGGAGGUGUUGAACGAUCUACUCUACACAGGUGUGGGCUUACAGGGCUAGGGCUCAACAACCCUUUCUUUCAUUUAUCAAAAGGGCCCUGGUCGGUCACUUUUCCGGGCCGGGAUGAAGUUUUGGAAGUU